UCCCUCACUCUCAACAAUGCCCGGCCGCAACGGUUUAAGCUGAAUGCCGUGUUUUGACUGAUUCAAAUAUGCUCAUACCAGUAGAUACCGACUGUCAAUACAAGAAUCUCGAGGUAGUAUCAUUUAUGGAAGGGAAAAAGAUCAAAUCUUGCUGCAUUCGGAGCCCUCUGCAUUUCUUUGUUGUGAUCCUUGUUGCCAUUCUCUCUGGUUUGCUUGCUGUUGAUGGAAACACUGAUCAAAAUGAUUUAACAGCUCUGCAGGUUUUGUACAAUGUACUAAAUAGUCCUCCACAGCUAACUGGUUGGAAAUCCAGUGGUGGCGAUCCGUGUGCAGAGUCAUGGAAAGGAAUUACCUGUCAAGGCUCUGCAGUGGUUUCGCUUCAACUAUCUGGAUUGGGGCUGAACGGAACAAUGGGAUACUCGCUGAAUAGUCUUAUGUCAUUGAAAACAUUGGAUUUGAGUGGCAAUAUGAUUUAUGAUCCAAUUCCCUAUCAGCUACCACCAAACCUUACGAGUCUAAACCUUGCUUAUAACAAUAUAAGUGGGAAUCUUCCUUACUCCCUCUCUGGCAUGGCCGCCCUUAGCUAUUUGAAUGUUAGCCACAAUUCGCUCUCUCAAUCAAUUGUAGAUGUCUUCAACAAUCAUUCUGACAUGGCAGUGCUGGAUUUGUCCAGCAACAAUUUGACUGGAGACCUUCCUCAAUCCUUCAUUUCAUUAUCAAAUCUUUCUACUCUUUACUUGCAAAAUAAUCAAUUGACUGGUUCACUUAAUAGUUUGGUUGGGUUGCCCUUGACAGAUUUAAAUGUUGCAAACAACAAUUUCAGUGGAUGGAUACCACAAGAACUCCUCUCCAUCCCUAGAUUUAAAUACAAUGGGAAUUUGUUUGCCAAUGGUCCUGCUCCUCCACCACCGCCAUAUACCCCACCCCCUCCUGGUAGAUUUAGGAACCGCUCUUCUCCAGCUCCAGGUGCACCCAAGGAUUCAAAAAAUCAUCCAACACAUCCAAAUACUGGAAAUGGAGAUAAGGGGCUGAAAGCUGGACCUAUUGUAGGCAUAGUUCUGGGCUCUUCGGUCGUGGCUUUCCUUGCAUUAAUUGCACUUGUUUUUUGCCUUAGAAAGGGGAAAAAGAAGGAAAUUGCUGCAAGACCUUCCAGUGGAAGUCUUUCUGCUAGUACAGUUAACAAGGAAAUGCAAGAACAAAGAGCAAAAUCUACGGCUACUGCAGUGGAUUUGAAGCCCCCUCCCGCAGAAAAAGUGAUGGUUGAGAAAAUACCAGGGAGGAAUGGAUCCAUGAAGAGAGCAAAAUCACCUAUUACUGCAACAUCUUAUACAGUCGCUACACUCCAGACAGCAACAAACAGCUUUACUCAAGAAAAUCUUAUUGGUGAAGGCUCUCUUGGUCGUGUUUACAGAGCAGAGUUCCCCAACGCCAAGAUCAUGGCCAUAAAGAAGAUCGACAAUGCAGCAUUGUCACUGCAGGAGGAAGAUAAUUUUCUUGAAGCCGUCUCCAAUAUGUCGCGCCUGAGGCAUCCAAACAUAGUUCAGUUGGCAGGAUAUUGUGCAGAACAUGGGCAGCGUCUUCUGGUUUAUGAUUAUAUUGGAAAUGGUAGCUUGCAUGAUAUGCUGCACUUUGCUGAUGAGCGAAGUAAGAUGCUGACAUGGAAUGCACGAGUCAAAGUAGCACUGGGCACCGCUCGAGCUCUAGAGUACUUGCACGAAGUGUGUCUGCCUUCUGUUGUACAUAGAAACUUGAAGUCAGCAAAUAUAUUAUUAGAUGAAGAGCUCACUCCUCACUUGUCAGACUGUGGGCUGGCUGCUUUGACACCAAAUACAGAACGACAGGUUUCAUCGACCCAAAUGGUUGGUUCAUUUGGUUACAGUGCUCCUGAGUUUGCCUUAUCUGGAAUAUACACUAUUAAGAGUGAUGUGUACAGUUUUGGUGUGGUAAUGCUGGAGCUCCUGACAGGUCGAAAGCCACUUGAUAGUUCAAGACCAAGAACAGAACAGUCACUUGUGAGAUGGGCCACUCCUCAACUUCAUGAUAUAGAUGCCUUGGCCAAAAUGGUGGAUCCUGCUCUUAAUGGGAUGUAUCCUGCAAAGUCUUUGUCUCGUUUUGCUGAUAUAAUUGCACUUUGUGUUCAGCCUGAACCUGAAUUUCGGCCUCCCAUGUCUGAAGUGGUGCAAGCUCUGGUAAGGUUAAUGCAAAGGGCAAGUGUAGUGAAAAGGCGAUCUAGCGAUGAGUCUAGUUUUGCAUACAGGACUCCAGAUCAUGAAACAAUUGACUUUUCGUAAUGGCCCUCUUUGUUUCCCGGCAUCGCGGAGCUGUAUCCAGCCUUUGCAAUUUUGUAUACACACCCAGGCAGAGGUGAACUGUGUAAAAAGUGCAAAACAGACCAGCUGAUUAUUGGCAGGUACAAAAGAAAAAUGCCCGAACAGAUUCAUACGAAGUUCACAUCUUUGUCCUUCCAUUUUGAGGCACAUAUUUCACAUUUUAAUCGAUGAAUCAGUUCAUCCACCAUUCUUGUACUCAUGGUCAUGACUUACUGUGUAUAUUAUUGUUCUUCUUCCAAGAUAUAAAUACGUGUAUCCCAUCCGCCGGUACGCAAAGGGAUUUAUGAGAAAUGAUGAGGGGGAGUCAAAAUCUACACAUUUUCCUUCACAAAUCACGGUCAUGUAAAGUGGUCCAACCCCUUCUUCAGUUCUUGUAAGUUGUUCCCAAAAACUUGGUACUGCCACCAAUAACCCAUUGCUUCAAUGGUCAAUCUGCCUCGUGCUGUGCUUGUUUUGGCACAGCAAGAAUUUGUGCCUUACUCAGAAUGCAACGACUUUUCUUAGCUUCAUCUGAUUCAUGCAUUGUAACGUCAACAGUCUACAGGAUUGUGAAACUGCUGUUGAUUUAUUGCAAUGAUGCCACUUUUCUUUUCA